CGCCGGGCGAGCGGAGGGCGGCGGGGGAGGAGCAGGAGGAGGAUGAUGAUCUCGGCUACCGGCUCUUCCCCGAGCGCCGCAAGCAGCCGCAGAGCUUUCUGGCGCGCAGCCUCUUCACCUUCCACAACAGGUGCCAGGUGAUGCUGAGGAUGACCCUGGACACCAAUCCACAUGCUCGACUUCUUCUUGAGGCUAUGAAGCAAUCUGGUUGCACUGUCUUCAAUGACCGGCACUUUUCUUGUGAGGACUGUGAUAGCUGUGUUGGGGGAGGCUUUGAUUCUGCCACGUCUCAGAUUGUUCUGUGUCAGAACAAUAUUCGCCACCAAUCCCAGAUGAACCGUGUGGUUACACAUGAGUUGAUUCAUGCUUUUGAUCACUGCCGUGCACAUGUUGACUGGUUCAAAAAUGUCAAGCACUUAGCAUGUUCAGAGAUUCGAGCUGCUAAUCUCAGUGGAGACUGUACACUGAUGAAUGAAAUAGCCAGGUUUAAAUUCGGAUUAAAGCAACACCAGCAGACUUGUGUUCGAGACAGAGCAAUUCGUUCCAUUCUGGCUGUUAGAAAAGUUAGCAAAGAAACGGCAGAAAAAGCUGUGAAUGAAGUUUUUGAUGCCUGCUUCAAUGAUCUGGAACCAUUUGGAAGAAUCCCACACAGCAAAUCAGAUGCAAAACGUGCUUUUAAGGACUUUCAGAACCGAGAUCGCUAUAAUGCAAAUUUGUAGAGGAAAAAGCUUGAAAAAUAAUUUUAAUAUUUGUUUACACCUAGGUUAAGCCUACGCACACAACUCUGAUGGAAUGGGCAGUUCUACCAAGUGAAUCAAUUCAUUUUGUAGACAUUAUCCAUGAGCCAAGUUCCACUGAGGUAAACAAAAUAAGUAGGACUUUGAACAGUGUGUUUCCUCACCUGUUGUUUCAGCAGGAUCAUUCAGUGUAUCAAAUGACUUGGCAAAUAAGACUUAUUUUGCACAAUUCAAUGCAAAUUA